GCAUGAUGCUUGUUCUCGGGUGAUAAGGUCAUCUGAUUUAAGUCUCCACUGUCACAAUGGCACAUUUUAUCAAGAUUCAAAAGUUGAUAGCAAGGAACUCGACAGCCGUCGGAUUAAUUUUGUACAUUAUUGGAUUGUUAUGGUUUUGCUUGCUUUCUCAAGAAGAACUGAAUCACGGGACCUACUUAAGCGAAAAUGCGCUUUUGGUCGGUCAAGUAGCUGAGGAGUUCAGUGAUAACAGUUUGAUUCAAAGGUACGAGAAAGAGUUGCAACAUGUUUUCGCAAAAAAUGAUUUGUCCGUUUUGCAUGGUUGGCUGAAAUCAGAACUGAUGAGAAUUGGACUUGAGGUCUAUGACCAAAAUUUUACCUUUUCACACGACUUACUAUAUCCUUUGGAGCACGUCACCGGAACAAAUUUAUAUGCCAUAAUGAGGUCUCCAAGUGCAGGACGCACAGAGGCUCUCCUCAUAACUGUUCCAUUGAGAACCGAGUGCUCUGACACCACCAUACCUUGUUUAUCGGCUAGUUUGAGUUUGCUGCUGUCAUUAAUGGGACUUUUUCGACGACAAAUUUACUGGGCAAAGGAUAUUGUAAUUGUUUUCCCCGAUUCCGAUUACGUUGGUUUAACGGCCUGGCUGGAAGCAUAUCAUGGAUCCGACAGUUCAGAAUAUCUUUCGUGGUCUGAACUGCAGGGUCGUAGCGGUGCCAUCCAGGCUGGAUUGAAUUUAGAGUUUUCUCAUUUCGAUGCUGGCUCAGUUGACAUUCUGUCGGAGGGGAAGAACGGGCUAUUGGCCAAUCUUGAUUUAGUGAAUACCGUUGUCCGGCUUGCUCAUAAGCUCAACAUUGAGCCUGUGGUGAAUGGCCAGGUAUACACUAACAUCCGCGAUUUCACAAUGCUUCGAUGGCAGGACGCUCUGGGUUUACUGCACGCUGUUUGGACUCAGUCAUCCGGAUCACCAACUGGACUCCAUGGAUUGCCGAUCGGAUACCAGAUACCAGCCGUGACCAUCCGUGGACCCUCGAGAGCUCACCACUCUGCUGCACAUAUGAAAAAUGGCGCUCACUUAGGCAAGUUGAUUGAAGGUAUUCUUCGCUCGCUGAACAAUCUACAAGAACGAAUGCAUCAGUCGUUCUGGUAUUACUUGUUACCUAAUCCCAUGCGAUACGUCUCCAUUGGAGUCUACAUGCCUCCGGUGCUUAUCCUUAUCGGCAGUUUACUACUGAAAGUCAUUAGCUUUUGGUGGAUUCCCGACUCUGAACCGAAUCCCGCGGAACCUAAGCAAGAGACGGAUCAAUUAUCCGAGAGUGGUAUUAGUACUACUAACCCCGAUCCAGAUCAACUAGUUCGAAAACGAAAGCAUUCACCUGAACGCAACCAUUCCACUGAUUCUCCUAGUGCACCCGAUUCCCCGACGCUACCGCAACCACAGCUCGUGAAGUACGCCGCUGACGAGAUCCCACCGAUUCUCAGCCAUCUAGCUAUCUGGAUUGUGGUCUCAUUUGCCAGUGGCCUUUGUCUUCAUGGAUCUCCAGACCUCAUUUUCACCGUCUACAAGCACCCAGAAUGGCAGUCGAUUCAACACUGGCUUGGCAUCCAACCAUGGACUAGUGAUUUCCUAGCAGCUGGUAUUCUGCUCCUAUUCGUCGCGCUCGCUCUGUUGGCACCAAUCUUGAGCGCAUUUCUCCAGUGGUGCUGCUUCGUCUCACCCAUACAAUCUAACUCCGCCUGGUCAACCUCCAUCCUUCUGGUCACCUGGACAUUGUUUUUGGCCUGUGCUGCGUGUCUAAAUGUGUCAGCGAGUCUGUUCCUGAGUGUGGUGGUUGUACCGUUGCUUCUACUGUUCGUUCACGGUUCGCGGAAUUCCAAGGCUAGAAUUUUUGCGGAAAAGUUUUUUGGUGUUUACUUCGGAAUAGCGUGAAAACGUGAAGAUGUAACAAUGGCGACAGGCAGGCACGAAAAUGUCACAAACUUUUCCGCCGAACACUCUCAAAAUCUGCUUCUUCAGCAACAAUCCCAGAUGGAAGCAUAAAUGAAACUGAUUGAAAGUUUAACGCAGCGCUUGAAGGUACAGUCAAACGGAGCAGCUGCACGUUACACGCAGUCUGUUUCACUUGAUCUUCUUACGAAUACUGUCACUGGAUUUCAUUAUGAUACUUAUUCCGAAAGCACUUUCGAGGCAUGGUUCAAACGCUGGGAGGAUAUGUUCCGGACGGAUUUCAGCCGUCAAGAUGAUUCAUGGAAAGUGCGUCUUUUGCUCCGCAAGCUCGGUACUAAUGAACAUACAAGAUUCGUUGACCACAUCCUGUCCAAACGGCCGAAGGAUAUCACUUUCAAUGAAACAGUGGCAACACUCAAAGUAAUUUUUAAGUACUAUCAGGCCUUUUCGGUUUUUGCUGGCUGAUCGUAUCACCCCCGGUUCUCCUGGCUCUCAGUUGCCUGGCACGAUUGCACUAUUUCGAGCGUGGGUCUCAAACGUCAUUGGCAACCUCAGUGAAGAUAUGGGAUGAUAUGGCACGCACCGUGACACAGCUGCUCAUCGAAGCGAAUCUCUUCGGAUGUUGGACUUGGCACGUUUUCACCGCCGGGUUCACAUCCUUGUGGAUGCUUACGUGGAUCAACUUGUGGUGUUGUUGAAGCCAGCUACUGUGUCUUUUAUUGUAUGUCUCUUUCACUUAACUCCUCGUGCAUCAUUGUACUUUUGUAUACACAAUCCAUUCUUUACGGAUGCCG